AUGCAGACCUUCAAGCGCCGGAACGGCGGCCGCAACAAGCAUGGCCGCGGUCACGUCAGGUUCAUCCGCUACGACAACUGCGGCAAGUGCGUCCCCAAGGACAAGGCGAUCAAGAGGUACAAGGUGCAGAACAUCGUGGCACCGGAAGGCAUCAGCUAUUUCACGGAGGCGUCCGUCCUUGACGGCUACCAUCUGCCCAAGAUUUACGUCAAGGAGCGCUGGUGCAUAGGCUGCGCCAUCCAUAAGAAGAAGUUCAGUAUCCGCUCCCGUAAGGACCGCAAGAACCGCGCACCUCCGGAAGACGUCCGCCGCCGGGGGCCAAGACCUGAGGGCCAAGCUCCUCGUCUUGGUAGUGUCGGCGGCGGUCCUGGUGGUGUCGACGACAUCCACGAUCUUUCAGUCGGCAGAGGUUCUGGUGGCGUCGGCGGUGGUUUCGGCGCCGAUGGUGCUGGCGGUGGCUUCGGCGCCGGUUCUCUAGCUCCCGACAUCGCCGGCGACUGGCCCCAGAAUUAG